GAACUGCAAUAAUUACACAUCACACUGUUAGCCUUACACCUUCAACUUAAUGCUGGGUUAUUUUCCUGAAUAACGUGUAACAGAAAAAGUAGGCUUAUUUAAAAUAAAUUCACAUUCAUUUAUGAAUUGGUUUAACAAAUCUUGAACUGGAUAGCUAUUACAAAUCAUUCGGAUUUCGGAUUUCUAUGCGGACAAAUAUUUCUUAAACACCUGUGUAUCAUUUUAUCCACGAAAGUAAUUGAAAAAAAUUGGAAUAAGUGGAUGAGGAUUAAUACAUCACAUAUAUUUGUUUAACAAAAACAUCUUAGCUGUCAACGACCAUCAACAAUGAAUAUACCCAAUCAAUACAUAGAAAAGACUGAAGAAGUUGCAGAUCAGCGGUGCGCAUUCUAUAACCAACCCACCAGUUCCACCAAGAACCGAACCCGGUGACCGGAUGGCAUAACUUAUGUUCUUCCAUCAUUCUUGAUAGUUGAUGGUUGGUUUGAUACGAUCGUUCAAAAUUCUUCGUUUUUCACCGUUCAUUUUUAUGUCCAUUUACUUAUCAUGCCCUACAAUAAUUGGAAAACCCCUUCUUCGUAUGGGUGUGUAAGAUGCGGCAAACUGAAUUGAUUUGCACAAAAACCCGUUCGCAACUCCUUCGGAACAAAUACCGAUCGUUUAACAUUCUGCGAGUUUUUUAUCGGUCCGAUUUGUUGCUAGGUGUGGUAAAGCAGUUAGGCAAACUCUGAAUGACAUAUUUCCGUCUUCGAAGGUCCAAAAAAUCGCCAGGAAUUCGCAGGGGCUGUCCGUGUGUCACCUCGGUGACGGAACAAUCGAUAUCCCCGAUAGCUGUUCGCAAGCCAAAAAGGACCAACGUCAGCUUAUCGCACGAUCGUUUCGAAUCGACACAGGUAAUUAGAAAAGGUAAACAUGUCCUCCCACAUGUCGCCCGGUUAUGCCUGAUAGCAACAUUCCUUGAGGAUGGUAUCCGGAUGUGGGUGCAAUGGAACGAGCAGCGCGAAUAUAUGGAUAUGAACUGGGGCUGUGGAAAAUUUUUGGCCACAUCUUUUGUUCUUAUUAAUCUAUUAGGACAGAUAGGAGGAUGCGUUAUGGUUCUAGGACAACUGAAGGUCAGCAUUGCCUGCUGGAUUUUGUUUGCCAUUGUCAUCCUACAAACAAUCGCUUAUUCUGUUCUAUGGGAUAUACAGUUCCUGUUGCGUAAUCUCGCCUUAAUUGGUGCACUCUUACUCGUUCUAGCGGAGUCGCGAGGUGAAGCUCGUUCGCUUUUCGCAGGUAUUCCAUCGCUCGGGGAAAACAAACCUAAGAGUUUCAUGCAGUUAGCGGGGCGAAUUCUUCUUGCAUUCAUGUUUAUCACUUUGAUCCGCUUCGAACUUAGUUUCAUGCAAAUCCUGCAAGAUAUUGUAGGAUCCAUAUUGAUGGUGUUAGUAACAAUUGGAUAUAAAACAAAGCUCUCAUCUCUUAUUUUAGUUGCCCUGCUUACUAUUCUUAACUUAUACCACAAUGCUUGGUGGACUAUACCAUCAUACAAACCUCUUCGCGAUUUUCUUAAAUAUGACUUCUUUCAGACGCUCUCUGUUAUUGGUGGCUUAUUAAUGAUUGUAUCACUAGGUCCAGGCGGUGUUUCUAUGGAUGAGCACAAGAAAAAAUGGUGAACAGGCUUCAUACAAAAUCAAAACAGUCGUUAAAAUUUAAUUAAAAAUCAAUUACAUUCAUUUUUUUUGCAUACAGGCAGAUUGAGAUAAAACCAAGUUUUACAUUGCACAAAAACAUUUUCUGGUAUGAAUAGGAACGAGUAAAUAAAAAAAAAACUUUCUAGCUAUGUUAAUCAUUCCAAUUGUACGAUGUAUGUUCUAUGAAAACAACAAUAGCAAUUACAAAUAAAUAUAUACUGUGACAAACCAGCAAAAAAA